GCCACUACAUUAGGCACAUAUGUAAGGUAUAUUAUAAGGUAGGCACGUCCAAGAGAUACCUAGGCAAGAGCAAGCCGUUAUUGCAGCCGCCCGUGAUUCACAUACACGCACUUUCCUUGCUGCCCACCAAACUGCUUUGUUAAAUGCGCUUACUCUUCCUUUCUACCAUCUUCAAAUAUCUCUGACUUCUCCCUUUUUUCAUCGAUUCGGUGGUAUCGUACCUGCAUCCUUGGACAUAUAGGCGUGUUUCACGCUCGUUGUUUUGCCAACAUGCCCUCUCUUCGUGGCAUUGAGAUAUCCAUCGUAGCCAGCUCGGAUAUUAAGAGGCUACCCGAGUAUCCUCACCCGGAUGGAUCGUCUGUUCGUCUCACAAGGGUUGGUCCUGGUUGCCACGAUCUAAGAGAUAAGGUGCGAAAUGGCUUGCACCUUUCUUCUUCCUCUAACUAUCCUAAUGCCGAGCCCACCCUGAAGAAAUCUAACCCCCGCGUAUCGGUCUAUAUUCCUUCAAGCCCUGGUUCUCAGUUUCGGCUCAAAUACCUCAUUCAUCAGCCAGCACCACCUUCAAGAUUCGUCUUUUUUAAGAUGAUUAUCAAUGGCCAUCCUGCUGUCUCCUGGGGUAUCGACACCACUUAUUGUGCAACAGGGAGUGUGUCGAGAAGCCUCUUCGAGCCUGGUGAUGGUUUGAGAGACAAGAACGGCAACACCCCUAUAGGCAUAGAGACGCGAUAUUUCCAUUUCGUGCAUGGCCUCGACCAGACUUUGACUUCUGAAGAUGGUGGCUUGAUCGAGGUCCAAGUCUUUCGCUGUCGAGGACGAAAGCGCAUCGCCGUCGAAUUAGACCCCUAUUCACACCUUCGCCAAGAACGUCGUGGAAUCACGUCACCUAGUGGCGGCUUGGUUGAUAAUCCUCAAGAUGCUACCUUCUACGAAUACCAUUUGGAGGAUGCAAGAGAUUCGCCUUACGCGACAUUUUGUUUUUAUUACCGAUCCGUUCAAUAUCUCGUGCAGCGAAACUUGAUACCGAAGUACGAAACGGGAUUUCGACCGGCAUCUCUAAAUUCAAGUAACUCAUCAGGCCCCGAAUUUCGAGAGAAGUCUGCCCAUGCGACCUCCUCUCCACCCGCGCAUCAACUCGCUAUCGGCGUAGAGUUCCUCGAUGAUAACGUGUUCGACGAUCACAUCAAGCCCGUUAGCAUGGCUAUUUCGGACCCGUCGGAAGUUCCUAAAGUAGAGGAAUACUCCUUGAGAAGCCCCCCGCAACUCACGGGGGCUCACUCACCUGCUACUGUCGUUGAAGAUGUGGAUAAGGCAAAGAGGAAGGCUUUUUUAGCUAAGUUGCUACAAAGGCCAUUGCCAGAGCUUCCCAAGACAAGUUCUAGGCAGGCUUCCAAGAGUUCACUUCGUUCUAGCUGCCCAUCUCUGACCCCGUCUCUAAAACGAUACGUCAAGAGCGAAGAGUUCGAGAACGAGGAGAUAAAGCUGGGUACGGCGCAGUCGGUCUUCCUACCAUCUGCGUCAAUUAAAGCAUUGGAAUUGAGAGAUGUGAAUGCCUACGAACCGGAGGAUGAGUCGCCUUCGGACUAUGCAGCCUCAUUGGACUCUACCGAAGCGUCGAAUUCACCAGCACGGCCUUCCCCGACCGGCUAUGUUCCAACGACUGGCAGCGUACUUGAACGGCAGCUUAACCAAUUUGACUCUCCCAUCGCUCAGCCAUCACCAAAAUCUAAGGCCAAGCUGCCACUCUCCAAGUCGCAGGCAAACUUGCUUAACGAUGUAAGCUUCCCUGAUGUUGGCAAGCUAAAAGUCACCGAAGGAGAGUGGCUUGGGCAGACCCCAUCACCCUUGCGACAUGAAGGUAGACCAGGAAAGGACCCAUGGAGCCCACGUCCAGAAAAGCUCCCCGGUCGUUCUUCGAUGAUAGAACUUCCUGUCCGCCAGGGAGACGAUGAAGAUAUCAAAGGUUCUGGCGGCAAAGCUGUUCCUCGCGACGUCCGAGCAAGUGCUACACACGACACUAGAUACAUAAACGAAGCCCCUGCGGGUAACUGGAUCUAGAUAGGCUGUUGCAUAUUGCCGAUUGUCGAGCGUAAUGUUGCUAUAACUGAAUCUGCGCCAGAGAAACUUAGCUCGUAUAGGCACUAUUAACUUCUGUAGCUUAGAUACGUAGGUAGGUACCUACCUAGGUAUACGGAAUCGACUACGCCAUAUGCAAAUUGGCAUCUAAGACUACCUGCUUGCUUAUAUAUAUU